UCGGCUGUGAAAGGAGAACAGAAGGUGAUUCUGCAGCAGCAUUCGAGCCUGACCGGAAGGGGACAUAAUUGGGCAUGUAUAAACAGCCAAAAGCACUGAUGAUGAUAAUAACAAAACGAGUGGUGCCACAGAGCUACUGCUGAGCCCGAGCUUUGAGAGCAGGCGCUGAGGACACUGCACCAUCCUGAAGCAGAUGGCGAGAGGUGGACAGGCCGGGAGUGAACGGACGGCGUUUCACUGCAGGUUCGUUCCAUCCUGGUGGCUGACAUUUGUGAAGAAACGGCUUUCAUCUAAAGCCCGAAUGGCGGAAAUUGUAAACACGCUGCCGUUCUUCUACGGCAACAUCACCAGAGAAGAAGCAGAGAAUUACCUGCAGCAGGCGGACAAGGGCAAUGGCUUGUAUCUGCUCCGGCAGAGCCGCAACUACCUGGGAGGCUUUGCUCUCUCCGUGCUGCACUCCAAUCGUUGUUACCACUACACCAUCGAAAGAGAAAAAAAUCAAACGUACGCUAUAGCUGGUGGGAAGAGCCACACCAGUCCCAUGGAGGUGAUUGACUACCACUCCCAGGAGAUGGAUGGCCUGGUGUGUCUGCUGAAGAGGCCCUGCAACAGGCCCAAGAACAUGCAGCCCAAGGUGGGGCCGUUUGAAGACCUCAAGGAAAGACUGAUCCACGAGUACGUGAAGCAGAAAUGGAAGCUGCAGGGAGCAGCCUUGGAGCAGGCCAUCAUCAGCCAGAAGCCUCAGCUGGAGAAGCUCAUUGCCACCACUGCCCAUGAACGAAUGCCCUGGUUCCAUGGACCAAUUACACGAGAAGACUCUGAGCAGAGGCUGCAGAGUGGCUUCCGUAUAAACGGGAAAUUUCUGAUCCGGCAAAGAGCCACGAAUGGAUCCUACGCUCUGUGUUUACUCCAUGAAGGAGAAGUCAUGCAUUAUCUCAUUGACCUGAACAGAAACGGAAAACUUGCCAUUCCAGAUGGAAAAAUAUUCGACACCCUGUGGCAGCUGGUGGAGCACUACUCCUACAAACCUGACGGUCUGCUGCGAGUGUUGACUGAACCCUGUCCAAGACCUGAUGGAGAAACAGGACAGCCAAUACUUCCAUUAGACCAGCCUGGACACUUCACUGUUCUUCAAAGUACAGCAAGUAAUUUUCUCUCCAAGAUCAAAAAUAUAAAAAAGAGACCCAGCACUCGACACCACAACACAGAUAAUCUGAAUCCGUAUGAAUCCAGGACAUACAACGACCAAAGUGACAACAAAGAGGCCAUGCCGAUGGACACCAGCGAAUAUCUCAGUCCGUACGCUGACCCAGACGAACUACGCAGCCCGAAGGUGGAUCGAAGCCAGCUUUACUUGGAAGAUGGAGAACUGGGCUCUGGGAACUUUGGGACAGUCAUGAAGGGCAUUUACAAGAUGAGAAAAACAGAAAAGGCUGUUGCAGUCAAAAUCCUAAAAAACGAUGACGACAACCCCGCAGUCCGUGAUGAGAUGCUGCGGGAGGCCGGUGUAAUGCAGCAGCUGGACAAUCCGUACAUCGUUCGCAUGAUCGGCAUGUGUGAGGCCGAGAACCUCAUGCUGGUUAUGGAACUGGCUGAACUGGGACCUCUCCACAAGUUUCUUCAGAAAAACAAGCAAACUACCACAAAGAACAUCACAGAGCUGGUUCAUCAGGUGUCAAUGGGCAUGAAGUACUUGGAGGAGAAUAACUUUGUCCACAGGGACCUUGCUGCCAGGAAUGUGCUGUUGGUCACGCAGCACUACGCCAAAAUCAGUGACUUUGGCCUCUCCAAGGCAGUUGCUGAGGAGCAGAACUAUUACAAGGCCAAGUGUCAUGGGAAGUGGCCAGUGAAAUGGUACGCUCCUGAGUGUAUUAACUACUUCAAGUUCUCAUCCAAAAGUGACGUAUGGAGCUUCGGAGUACUCAUGUGGGAAGCCUACUCCUAUGGCCAGAAACCAUAUAAGGGAAUGAAAGGAAAUGAAGUCAUGCAGAUGAUUGAAACCGGGAUGCGUAUGGACGCCCCACCCAGCUGUCCACCAGAGAUGCAUGAACUGAUGAGAACGUGCUGGACGUACAGUGCGGACAAACGGCCUGGAUUUAAUACUGUCGAACCAAGACUACGAGAGUUUUAUUAUGACAUUGCACAGUAACUAUUCUUUUUACAGAUUCUUUCUAUGCAAAAUGUUGUCUCCUAAAAAUGACCUCUUUUUAAAUAUACAAACUAUAAAAUGUUGUUCUAUACUUGGUUUCUAAAUGCAAAUAGUACAUGUUGCUGUUGAGGACAUGCCUGACCAAAACAAAAAAACAAAC